UAAAAUAUUAGAGUAAAUUUCUUGUAGAUGAUAAUUCUUAGUCGAUAAAUUAGAUCAGUGAUCAUAAAAUUCAUAUCGCGAUUUGAAAAUAGUGCUUUAAUUCAGUGCAACAGAUAUACUAACACAAGUAUAAAUUCUAUUUUUUCUAUAUCAUUAACGCGUUUAAUACACACGGCCUACGUUUUCUGAAUCUAACCUCAUUUGAAUUUGCGAUGUGGCACUUAGAAGUUUAACAUAUUUCAAUUUGUUUUAUAGAAGAUUGAUUUAAUUUGGGUGAAAUGAUCAUAGUAUAGCGUUUUAGCAACGAACGUGUUUAAAUCAAAAAGCAAAAUUUUCUAAACGGAUAUGAAUGUAUAUACUUAGCAUAUAAAAAAAAUGAGAGUGUCAUUACUACUAAUUUUUCGAAUUUUAUAUUUUUUCAAUAUAUAUGGAAUUAUAAAUGCUUGGGAUAAUGAUGAAUUGGAAGUAUUUGAUGUUGUCGAAGAAGUUAACCAAAAUUUUUACGAAAUUCUUGGUGUUCCGCAGGUUGCUAAUGCUUCAGAAAUUAAAAAAGCUUUUAGACGAUUAUCGUUACAAUUACAUCCAGAUAAAAAUUCUGCAGAAGAUGCAGAGCAGCAAUUUAGAAAAUUAGUUGCUGUAUAUGAUAUAUUGAAAGAUCCAGGAAAACGUCAGAGAUACGACAAUGUGCUUAUUAAUGGAUUACCAAAUUGGCGAUCAGCUGUAUAUUAUUAUCGUCAUGUGCGGAAAAUGGGACUUUUAGAAUUAGGAAUAAUUUUAUUUUUACUCAUUACGAUUGGACAAUAUGUAGUCGCAUGGGCUGCUUAUUUUGAAAAAAGAUAUACAUAUGAACAAGUUUUAGGCAGUAAACUUCAAAAAAUGCAAAAAAAGAAUAAAAAGGGAAAAAUGGAUGUACCCGAUUUAGCAGAUAUUUUGGAAAAAAUUCCUACACCAACUAUUUGGAAUACUCUUCCAUUCCAAUUUCCAAGAUGGAUAAUAGCUUUCACAUUAUCUAUACCUGAUAUUGUGCGUGUAAUGUAUGGUGUAUUAGAGGAAAGAAAACGUAGAAAAAAACAGGAAGAAGAAGAAACAUUAAUACAAGAGAAUGAACAAUUAGAACCAGAAUUUACAUCUCGCACAAGAAAACGUAGAACUGGUUUUACUCCACAAGAAAGAAGUGGUAAUGAUGUCAAAGAAUUAUUCAAAAAAGAUCAAACAAAUCAUAUUUAUCAGAAACCUACUCCUUCUGGGGGAUUAUGGACUGAUGAUGAUAUAUUAGAAUUAAUAAAACUCGUAAAAAAAUAUCCUAGUGGUACAUCAGAAAGAUGGGAUAAAAUCGCGGAUGCGAUGAAUCGUACAGUUUUCGAAGUUACACAUAUGGCAAAAAAGAUAAAAGACGAAGGGUUGAAACCUGGUACGUCUGUAGAAGAAACAGUAAUAGAAGAACGUUCAAAAAAGACGAAAACUCGUGCGGAAAUUGUGGACAAUAUUAGUGAAUGGAGUCAAGAACAACAAAGAGCUCUGGAAGCAGCCCUUAUAAAAUAUCCUAAAGGCACAUCUACAGAUAGAUGGGAGAAAAUCGCAAAUUGUGUUGAAGGAAAAAACAAGGAUGAAUGCCAAGCGAGGUAUAGACAAUUAGUGGAAUUAGUCAAAAAGAAACAAUACAUUCAAUAGCCUGCCAUGUAUAAGAUGUUCCUUCAACAAAGAUAGUUCAAUUUUGAUCAAGUUCAAAAAGGAAAAGAAAAGAAAAAAAAUAUAGCAUUUGAUCAUGAAGAUGUUACCUAUCUCACGGCUGUUUUACGUUUAUAAAGUGAAUUAACAAUUUCUUAAAAGUAUUCUUAUGCAAAGAAGAUACAUUAAGAAUAAAAGAAAGAAAGAAACUUUAUAUACAAAAAAUUACUCCUACAUCAUUUUAUUAUUAAAUGUUUGUGGAGAAUGUAUUUAUUUAAUAAAUUUAAUAAUUAAUCAUGAGGAAAA